AUGUUACGCCUGUUGUCGUUGGCGCUUCUCUGCGUUUUAGCUUUAGCUAGUAUUGAUGGAUUUAGACGGCAUGAUCACGGCGUACGGGUGCGCAGACAGAAGAGUCUCCGCCAGAAAAUAGACGAAGCUUUUGAUAAAUGGGACGAUUACAAGCAAGCUUUUGGGAAGUCAUACGAUGCGGAUGAAGAAAAUGACUUCAUGGAGGCAUUUGUAAAGAAUGUGAUUCACAUCGAGGAACACAAUAAGGAGCAUCGUUUGGGUAGAAAGACCUUUGAGAUGGGAUUGAAUGAAAUUGCUGAUCUGCCCUUCUCGCAAUAUCGAAAACUUAACGGGUAUCGUCAUCGUCGUCAAUAUGGUGACUCUAUGCGAUCAAAUGGUACCAAGUUUUUGGCACCAUUCAAUGUUCAGGUG